CCCUGGGGGCUUUUUUUUACCCCCCCCCCCUUUAUGUUUGCCCAGCCCUCCACAGGCUUCUGAGUAGUGGGGGUCAGUUUCGGCCUCCAGGUUCCCGCCCCACCGGGGCCCGGGCUAGCAUGGGGGGCAAGCAGAGCACGGCGGCCCGCUCUCGGGGCCCCUUCCCGGGGGUCUCUACCGAUGACAGCGCCGUGCCCCCGCCGGGAGGAGCGCCCCACUUUGGGCACUACCGGACAGGCGGCGGGGCUAUGGGGCUGCGCAGCCGCUCGGUCAGCUCGGUGGCGGGCAUGGGCAUGGACCCCAGCACGGCCGGAGGGGUGCCCUUUGGCCUCUACACCACCGCCUCCCGCGGGACCGGCGACUCAGAGAGGGCGCCGGGCGGCGGAGAGUCCACGUCGGACUCCACCUAUGCUCACGGCAAUGGUUACCAGGAGACAGGCGGCGGUCACCAUAGAGACGGGAUGCUGUACCUGGGCUCCCGAGCCUCGCUGGCGGAUGCUCUACCUCUGCACAUCGCACCCAGGUGGUUCAGCUCGCACAGUGGGCUGUUGGUGCUGAAUCAAGACUGGACAGAUACAAGAAAAGAUUGGGGCAGUAAAGUGGUAGAAUCCGUCUUGAUCAUCGGAUGACCUUUCAGGAAAGAAGAUCUCGCUAGAUGGAACA